AUGUCAUCACGUGGUAAAUACGGCAAGUGGAGCACAGAAGAUUUAAGCAGUGCUAUUUCCGCUUUUCGUAAUGGUUCUUAUGGGCAUAAUGAAUGUGCAAGGUUGUUUAAAGUACCUAAAGUUACACUAAAAAGACAUCUCGAAGAGAAUAACAAACGGGCAAAUAAUUCAAUUAAAAAAAUGGGCAGGUUUAGUGUAUUUAAUGAAGAAGUUGAAGCAGAAUUGGCUAGGCAUAUUUUGAUUUUCGAAGAGCGAAUGUUCGGGAUGGGCAUACGAGACGUCCGCAAACUGGCAUUUGAAUUGGCAACAAGAAACAAUUUGAAACACAAUUUCAACACAGAUAAACGUAUGGCAGGCAAAAAGUGGUAUUAUGGUUUCAUGUCAAGACAUAAAGAAAUAUCGUUACGGCAGCCGGAGAAAACAUCAAUGGCAAGGGCUGCAGGAUUUAGCAAAGUACGAGAUAAUAAAUUCUAUGAACUUUUAAAAAAAAUCUGUGAAGAGGAUAAAUUGACCACCACACGCAUAUUCAACGUCGACGAGACAGGCUGCUCAACCGUACAACGGCAAUGUCAGAAAAUAUUAGCCAAGAAGGGAAAACAUCAAAUUGGGAGCAUUUCUAGUGGAGAGAGGGGGGCAAAUACUACUGUGGUUUGUUGUGCAAGUGCAGCAGGGCAGUUUGUACCACCCAUGAUAAUUUUUAAGAGGAAACGUUUUCAAGAGGAACUUUCAUUAGGUGCUCCGCCUGGCAGCAUUGUCACUAUUAGCGAUACUGGAUAUAUCAGUAGCGAUCUUUUUGUGACAUGGCUUAAACAUUUCAUUGAAACAGUUAAGCCAAGCCCUGAGGCCCCUGUUUUGUUAUUGUUGGACGGCCACAGCACCCACAGCAAAAACCUAAAAGCUCUACAAAUUGCCAGGGAUAAUGGAAUUAGGUUGUUGCAGUUACCAAGUCACACAACACACAGACUCCAACCGUUGGAUGUUGGAUUCUUCAGAGCCUUUCAAAAUGUUUAUGGACAAUGCAUUUAA